AUGCACAUGCUGUUUAGGGGAGAGCAGCAGCUCUGCAUCUAUUCCAGGAAGGGAUCUAACUGCACCAUUCCUGGUUAAAUCACUGUGCGGAUGACCGACUGUGAUUAAAGCUCUGGGUCAUAUUUAUUACAAAGACCAUAUUAACUUUGACCAUUCGGGGAAUCUAAACAGAACCAAUCUAUUUGAGUUUUGCUACGCUUUUGGACGUUUAAGAACCCCCCACCCCCUGCUGUCUAAUGGUAGACUUUGCUGGGUCCAGAUCAGCGUCUGACCACAGACUUGUGUCAUCGGGAUGUAUGAAGCUGAGAGACUGGGUAGCAUGUGUGUUAUUCCAGUGCAUGACUUUGUGAUCUGAAAACAGAAAACACAACGGCUGUCUCUCUCGGAUCAAUUACACACAGAGAUAACUUGCUUGCGAGGACUCCUGGGGAAAAUGGAGGAGAGUUCAGGAGAUGCAAUUCCAACCAUGGAAGAAAAGCCUAUGUCAGUUGCUGCAUUAGCGUCAAAAUUUAAACAAGAAACAAACAAUACCUUGGAAAAGAAUGAGAAACCGCCCAAGAGACCAGUUCGUAAAAAGCCUCCUAGCUCUCUCCCCUUGUGUGGGAUGAAGAAUGACAUUGAGACAGACCAUCAUGCAGAUGAGAAAUCAUCAGUUAAUGACUCCAACCGUCAACCGAAGUUGAAAUUGAAGACUUCCUCUCCUCUCAUUGAAAAACUCCAGGCCAAUUUGCUUCUCUCACCAACUGCUCUCUUACCUGGGGCUGGUCCAAAGAGUCCAUUAAAAUCUUCCUUCUCGCCUUUUGCUAGUCCUGCUUCCACACCUGAUAGUCCUGGAGCACGCUCCCAAUCCAGUGAAUCUGAUGGAGGGCCAGUUACAAUUGAUCAACCUGCAGAAAGAGGACCUUUGCACAGUCUGCACAAGAAUCGAGUACGUGUGUCUGUGAAACGACGCCCACCCAGCAGGAAAUUUCGAAGGUCGGUCGCUGAAGCUGCAGCUAACUCUGACUCUCCAGAAACAGACACACCACCUAAGAAUGCAGAACCAGAACAGAAUGGAACACCAGAUGAAGAAAGCAAUGAUGUUUUUACUGAUCAGGGAGUUCAAACUGAAGAUACGACUUCAAAGAUUUCCCCUUCACCUGAAGAAGACUCUCUCCCCUCACCUAAAGAAUCUUCACCUGAACAGGCAUCCGAGAAAGAGGUCCAUCGCCUCUCAUCUUCUCAAAGCCAAGAAUCUGAAAUCUCUUCUGAUCUAAGCCAAUGUGAACACCUUGAAGACAAUGAUAUCACUACAAAAGAGAAUGAGGAAUGUUCAAACAAGGACAGGGAGGCUUCUGUCAGCAGUGAUCACAACAUAGCAGGAAGUGAGACUGCAGAUUCUGAGACCUCUAAAGAAGAACCCAAAAUUGAAGAAGUAAAAGCAAUUGAUAUUCCGCAGCAGAACUCCAAAGCAGAGGUAGGUGGAGGAGGCUUUAUUUGA